UACUUCUAAGCGGCAGAACCAGCCUCAAAGGCACUAUGGAAUUACCUCUCCGAUUAGCUUGGCUCCUCCUAAGGAUAUAGAUUACAUUCAUACUCAGAAGCUAGUUGAAGCAAUGAAGCCAUUUGGGGUAUUUGAAGAUAAGGAAGAACUGAAUCACAGGCAAGUUGUUCUUGGUAAACUGAAUAACUUGGUCAAAGAGUGGAUUUCAGAGCUUGGUCAGAGCAAGAAACUUCCCCCUUCAGUAGCAGCAAAUGCUGGUGGCAAAAUAUUUACAUUUGGUUCUUACAGACUUGGAGUACACACUAAAGGUGCUGACAUAGAUGCUGUUUGUGUUGCUCCUAGACAUGUGGAAAGGUCGGAUUUUUUUCAAUCAUUUUUUGAAAAAUUAAGACAUCAGGAGGAAAUAAAGAAUCUCAGAGCAGUUGAAGAUGCAUAUGUACCAGUUAUCAAAUUUGAGUUUGAUGGCAUUGAGAUUGAUCUUGUGUUUGCAAGACUGUCUGUUCAAACUGUUUCUGAUAAUCUUGAUCUUGAAGAUGAUUCAUAUCUGAGAAGCUUGGACAUAAGAUGCAUACGGAGCUUAAAUGGCUGCAGAGUUACUGACGAGAUACUGCGUCUAGUGCCAAAUAAAGAGAAUUUUCGGCUAGCGCUCCGUACCAUUAAACUGUGGGCAAAACGACGUGGCAUUUACUCAAACAUGUUGGGAUUUCUUGGUGGUGUUUCAUGGGCCAUGCUGGUAGCGAGAAUAUGUCAGCUCUACCCGAAUGCAUUGGCAUCUACUCUUGUCAACAAGUUCUUCUUAGUUUUCUCAAAAUGGGAAUGGCCAAAACCUGUGGUAUUGAAACCACCGGAAGAGAACAAUCUCAAUUUACCAGUGUGGGACCCAAGGGUCAACCCAUCAGACCGCCAUCACGUUAUGCCCAUCAUCACACCAGUGUAUCCCCAGCAAAACUCUACGUACAAUGUGUCCGCGUCAACAAGAGCAGUUAUGGUAGAGGAAUUCAAGCAUGGUCUUGGUGUUACAAACGACAUUCUUCAAGGCAAAUCUGAUUGGGCGAAGCUCUUUGAGCCUCUGAAUUUCUUUCAGAAAUACAAACAUUACAUUGUGCUAACUGCCACUGCUUCUUCUAAAGAGCACCACUUAGAGUGGAUUGGCCUUGUCGAAUCUAAAAUUCGUGUGCUGGUUGGAAACUUGGAGCGGAAUGAAUUUAUAACUAUUGCACAUGUAAAGCCACAGUGUUUCCCUGGCAACGAAGAACUCUGUAAACAGAGAGGAUACGUGUCGAUGUGGUUUCUUGGAAUUGCGUUUAGGAAAGUGGAAAAUGCAGAAGGUGUUAGUGUUGAUUUAACACACGUUAUACAGUCAUUCACAGAUACAGUUUACAGGCAGGCUAACAAUUUAAACAUGCUGAAAGAAGGUAUGAAGCUAGAAGCAGCUCAUGUGAAGAGGAAACAUCUGCACCUUUUUUUACCUGUGGAAACUCUUCAGAAAAGAAAGAAGCAAAGCAUGCCAGAUAGUAGUCAAAAUACUAGUGGUCUUAAGGGAAAAAGGAUUUCUUCACAUGGCAGUUCCAGAGACAUCGAAACCAGAAAGCUAUAUAAUUCCUCUUCAUUAAAUAAGAUAUCUAAACUGGACAUCUCUACAGCACAGAUAGAAAGAAAUGCUGUGUAUCAGAAACCUAAUAGUGCUAACAGUAGAGAGAAGAUACCUCAUGUAGCUGUACCAUCAGUGUCUAAAGGACUGUCCAUUCCUGUUACUGACUCAAAAAUUGAGUCUACAGUUGCAAUAAGAACAUCAGGACCUCUAACUGGUUAUGCCGUUCCAGGACAUAAUGCAGUUUCUCAACUCAGACCACAUUUUGUCCAAGGACAGCAUGAAUUAAGUGGGACUCCAAUUACAGAUCCUAAGAAUGCUCCACCUAAACGACCUUAUUCAGUGACCUCUAAAGGAUGUCAUUCACCUACAUCAGAAGAAUGCCCCAAAAAACCAAUAGAUGGAGAAAAGUUAACUGGCCAGAAUUCAGCAUUCAAAGAUGGUGGCAAUCCAGAAGAUAUCAGAAGAUCUACAGUAAAUGGUGUCCUUGGAGGAAAAUCCAUGCUGAUUCCAUUUAUCAACACAUCAAGAUCACAGAGGCUUCCCAGUAAAGAACUACCAGAUUCUUCAUCUCCUGUUCCAACAAAUAGUAUUCGUAUUAUUAAAAGAUCCAUCAAACUUACCCUUAAUGGGUAA